AUGCAGACACCUAGUACAUUCUCAGACGUCUCUGUACCGCCAGACACGUUAUCUUCUGAAGGCCAAGGUGGUUCAGGCAAUGAUGGAGCUCAAACCAGUGUUGAAGGCGGAUUAAUCAAUGUCGGAGUUUCCGUAUCGGUUGAUUCAGAUGAUGGUUCAGGAAAAUCAAAAGAAGGUGGAUCAGAAGAUGGUUCUAAAACAUCUGAUGUCGGUGAACCCCCAUCCACAAUGCAGACACCUAGUACAUCAUCAGAUGACUCUGUACUGUCGGAUACGUCAUCUCCUAGUACCGAAAGUGGCUCAAGUAACCAAGGAGCGCAAACCAGUGUUGAAGGCGGAUUAAUCAAUGUCGGAGUUUCCGUAUCGGUUGAAUUCAGGCGAUAG